CCCGGCUGCCUCUCUCUCCCCUCCCUCCGGCCGUUCCUCCCUCCUCCGGCAGCCUGGCAGCAUGGCGGCCGUGGAGACGCGGGUGUGCGAGACAGACGGCUGCAGCAGCGAGGCCAAGCUCCAGUGUCCCACCUGCAUCAAGCUGGGCAUCCAGGGCUCGUACUUCUGCUCGCAGGAAUGCUUUAAAGGAAGCUGGGCUACUCACAAGUUACUACAUAAGAAAGCAAAAGACGAAAAGGCAAAAAGAGAAGUAUGUUCCUGGACUGUAGAAGGUGAUGUUAACACUGACCCAUGGGCAGGUUAUCGGUACACCGGUAAACUCAGACCUCAUUAUCCACUGAUGCCAACAAGGCCAGUGCCCAGUUAUAUUCAAAGGCCAGACUAUGCUGAUCAUCCCUUAGGAAUGUCUGAAUCUGAACAGGCUCUUAAAGGUACUUCUCAGAUUAAAUUACUCUCAUCUGAAGACAUAGAGGGAAUGCGGCUUGUGUGUAGGCUUGCGAGAGAAGUUUUGGACAUUGCUGCUGGGAUGAUUAAAGCAGGCGUAACUACUGAAGAAAUUGAUCACGCUGUACACUUAGCAUGCAUUGCAAGAAAUUGCUAUCCUUCUCCUCUGAAUUACUAUAAUUUCCCUAAGUCUUGUUGUACCUCAGUGAAUGAAGUCAUCUGCCAUGGGAUUCCAGACAGACGGCCUUUGCAAGAAGGUGAUAUUGUUAAUGUGGAUAUCACUCUUUAUCGAAAUGGUUAUCAUGGGGAUCUAAACGAGACCUUUUUUGUUGGAGAUGUGGAUGAAGGAGCACGGAAGCUUGUUCAGACUACGUAUGAAUGCCUGAUGCAAGCAAUUGAUGCAGUGAAGCCUGGUGUUCGAUACCGAGAACUGGGGAACAUCAUUCAGAAACACGCCCAAGCAAAUGGAUUCUCAGUUGUUCGAAGCUAUUGUGGGCAUGGAAUCCACAAACUUUUCCAUACAGCUCCCAAUGUACCACACUAUGCCAAAAAUAAGGCAGUUGGUGUGAUGAAAUCGGGCCAUGUGUUUACAAUUGAGCCAAUGAUUUGUGAAGGUGGAUGGCAAGAUGAAACCUGGCCAGAUGGCUGGACUGCAGUGACAAGGGACGGAAAGCGAUCUGCUCAGUUUGAGCACACCCUGCUGGUCACGGACACUGGCUGUGAAAUUCUCACUCGGAGACUUGAUAGCUCUCGGCCUCAUUUCAUGUCCCAGUUUUAAUUCCUCUCAAGAUGCCUAACAUCUGAACAUCAUCUUGUACUGUGCAUUUUAUUGAAAGUACAGAAAUGAAGAGGUUUCUUUUUUCUUUUUUAAUCACUCGUUUUGUUUUGACUGUGGAUAAGAAUGGACUACAGCAUUUGGUGUGUGUCCUCAAGAGCAUUUUUUUGGGUCUGAAAAAGCUGAGAAGAAUAAAGGAAACAUUGCUUACUUCCUUCAGUCCCUGGCCUCACCCCCAGUUCUCUGUACUGUGUUUUCUUCUUUGCCCCUUGAGCACUUUGACUAAACAUGCUUCUCGUUGCUUUGUCACUGCCAUAGACCAGCCGCCAAGGGCCAGCUGUUUUACAGGAGAAUGUUGAAGAUGAGAAAUCUUGAAACUUUAGCAACAUGUUGCUCCAGAUUUUUUAUUAUAUAUUGAUAUAUAUGGAAAUAUAUAUGCAUACAUUUUAAAUUCCAUAUACAUAAUUACUGAACACUAUAUGACCUGUGGUCUGGGUUGAUUCUGAUUUGACAGGAUAUGUGCUGUCAUAAACGGAUCCAUAAUUUGUUAGGGAUUAAUUCCUAGUUGGGAAUUGGCCUCCUCUCACCCCCAUGCUAAUUAUUUAUCCUUGUAUGUGUGUAGGGAACACUUCCGUGUAGUGUGGACCAUGUGCCAGUGAAUGGAUGCUAAGAGUCACUUGGAAGUUAUCAGACUUUGUAAGGUCUGGUGUUUGGUAAAAUAGCUGAGCGGCAGGUGGUGGCUGGCAGCCGCAGAGUAACCUCACAGUACACUGCUACUUCAGAUGUCUUUUUGGUCAGAAAUGAGAGGGAAGAAGCUCCCUUUAAGGGUACACCUCUGGAGUUCUUAGAACAGAGUGGCAGUUGUCCUGUGGCAGGUGAUGGGGAGAGUUCCAAAAUGUCCCCAGGAGUCAGCAUAGUCAUGGGUGGCUAUAAGUUUUAAUAUACAGUAAACUAACAGCAGUGAGAAAGGAACUUGUUGCAGUACUGUAAACACUCAAUAUGGAUAUGCUGCUAUCCUUUGUUGCAAAUGCACCUCACCUCUGGGUGGUUGAGAGCCUCAUUGAAAAUGACCUGUGCCCAGAAUCUGUGCUCCUUGGGGGUUGUUCAAAUACGAGUGUAUGCAGUGGAGACACACCAGAUCAUACAGUUGUCAUGAGGUAUCCUUGAUUACCAGGUGUCUUGUGACUUUAUUGUAAUAUAACUUGAUACCACUGAUGCAUACUAAGACAUCUUUCCCAGAGUGCCUCAGACCUUAUUGCUUUAAGAGAAUGACGAUAAUGUUUUCAUGACUUUAAUGAUUUAGUAAAGUGAUUGAAGCUGGUGUAGACUUCUGGGUGUGUGUGUUAAAAGUUUUUAUCAAACUGUAAUAUUUGUGAAUGGAAUGCCUUGUAAUAUGAAUGUUAAUAUAAUAUGUAAAGGGAGAUUAAAAGUUUGAAUGAUUAUCCCACUUA